AUGUCGAGGCGGAGCUUAGUGACUCCCGUCUUGCUUUCCCAGCGCUGCCUGCACGAGCGCGACUUCCGGAUGAUGACGCGGCGCCACGACUUCGAAUUCAAGCUGUCACUCCGUACAAGCUCUGGCACUGCUAUCGAAGUCGUGCCGGAAGGGGGCUGGGGCAAGACGCGCCAUGUGGAAGUCGAACGCGAGGUCGAGAUCAUGAUCAUGGGCGACCCGGGGGAGUGUGAGGACGCGCUCGAUGAGGAAAGCGAGACCGACUCCGAGCUGGGAGCGCAGGAAGUCAAUAUCCUGGACGAGCAUGGAGAGGCGGACGCAAGGGACACUGUGGACUGGAGAGACGACGAGGGGGAUGGCGCGGGUGAGAUCGCCGCCAAGCUGUCUGUGGUGUCCAUUGAAGACGAGGACGAGCUGUUUGAUGAUGAGAAGGACGGCUUGCUUGCCGACGAGGACGAGAAGGGCGAUAUGUUCUCCAGAAGGAAGGUCGCGAUAUUCGUUGCACUCCCACCGCGGGGGCCCGCAUAG